GAAUCCGAUUCGGUCAUCGGGCACGACUCACGAGAUACCCAGGGGCAUAACCGUAAUUGGGAAGGAUGGGAUGCCAUCCUCGCAAAAUGAAAAGUGAAAACAUUAUUACGCUUCCAAUUUCUUCAAUUUCUUCUUUUUCUUAUUCUUUCGCAAUUCAUAUACUUAACAGGGUAAUUCAGAUCAGAAGCUGAAGUGGGGAAGAUGGGGUUGCUUUCCAACAGAGUUGUUAAGAGCAGCCUUAAACCUGGGGAUCAUAUAUAUUCAUGGCGCACAGCUUACAUUUACGCUCAUCAUGGUAUCUAUGUUGGGGAUAAUAAGGUUAUCCACUUCACUAGACACGGUCAAGAAGUGGGAACCGGGACUGUGUUGGAUAUCCUCUUGGUGAGCUCGGGACCCGCUCGGUCUCGUGUACCUUGUACCGCCUGUACCCCUCUGGGAGAUGGUCACGGGGUUAACUUCUCGUGUUUGGACUGCUUCCUUGCUGGCGGUGUUCUGUACCGCUUCGAAUAUUCAGUCAGCCCUGCUCUCUUUCUUGCAAAGGCGCGGGGAGGGACUUGCUCUCUCGCAGUCUCGGACGAAGAUGAUGUCGUGGUGCACCGGGCAAACUACCUCCUCCGAAAUGGCUUUGGGUGCUACAAUGUGUUCAAGAACAACUGCGAAGAUUUUGCCAUCUACUGCAAGACGGGGCUGCUCGUGCUCGACCAAAGCACGAUGGGGCAAAGCGGGCAGGCGGUGUCUAUAAUUGGCGGCCCUCUGGCGGCCGUUCUGUCCACGCCAUUGCGCCUCGUCACCACCAACGUUUACGGGAUGGUGGCCAUGGCUGUAGGGGUGUACUGCGCCAGCCGCUAUGCUGCUGAUAUUGGCAUGCGUGGAGAUGUGGUCAAGGUGAGCGUCGAGGAUCUUACGAGGCGGCUAGCAACUGGCCUGUAUCAGGUUCUUGAACCAAGUCUCCCGGCUUUGCCGGCUCCGGCCGCCACCGGGGCUUUGCCGACUCUGGCCGCCACCGGGAAUUUGCCAACUCCGGCCGCCACAACUCCGGUUGCUACCAGCUAGAACUACCAUUUAGAUUGCAUGAAGGGUGGAAACAUGUAAUAUAUGCUAAAGAGAUUUGCAUUGUUGCUUUUAGUAUCCUCUAUAUAAUACUAUGUGUAAUGAUUCAUUAGUUUCGAUAGGACUGGAAUCUAAAACCUAUUAUAACGACAGAAAACAAUCUCGGCCGGUAUAAACUGUCGAGUUCAAAACUUAUAAA